CGUCAGAGACCCAUUAUUCUGACAGCCAUCAUGAUUAUCAACAUGGCGUAAUCUUAUUAUAUUAUCAAUAUUGCGUUUGUUCGUUGCUAUUUCCGUCAAAAGUAGUAGCAGGUUAUAAUUAUGAGUAUAAUCAUUAAAAUUUCAUCCAUAAACGUUCACAGGAAAAUUAGUCGAACGGUAACGUGGUCGAAACUCUAAAAACUGGAGUACUGCUACUAAUUUUUUUGUAUUAUACAAACAAUAACACGUAUACCAAAUGUGCGAGAGUAAUAUGGAUAACAAAGCAUUCUUUGGCAUGUCAUUUUGUGUAUUUUCAUAUUAUUAAUUGAUGUAAAAAGUUUUAAGCUUACUGUUGGGUUUACGAAAUUGCAUGAAGAUGGGUACUUCGAGGCAGCAAGAUAGAUCUCUCGGUAGUGGAAUUUCAUUGCCGCAAUGGAUGAAAGGAAGAAUGGACAAUAGAUUUGAUUUUGACGAAGCCGCAUUCAGUCCACCAUCGUAUGACGAUAGUUUCUUUUAUGUAAGAUAUCCAAGAUCGCAAAAUACUCAACCACAAGAAGGAUUGAAGCACAUUGUAACUGAAGUUUUAAAUGAAAACAUUGCUGCAAGCUCUUCAAAUCAGAUAACGAAUGAAAAAUCCAUUUCUGAUUUGAAAGAAGUCAAGCAAAUUGAUUUUAGCAAACAUCCUUUGCCAUGUCAACCGUUUAUACCAGUUGUAAAUAAUAAUACAGCUGAUGAGAUUAAAGUACAUAAACCUUCAACGAGUGGAUAUAUAAAACCUAAAUCACAGGGGACGGAUGACGGUUUUCAUGGUGAACCGGCGCUUUGCGGCAAAUCGAUCGUUCACGUAGCUAGUCAAAUGAUGUCUGGUAAAUUCACCAAGGUAUUCACAUCGGAUUCGCGUUCUCAGCAGAUGGAAAACUCGACGAAAAUUGUGAGCAAGUCAUUACCAGCGACACCACUGACAUCACCAUCAGGAACUCCUGAUAGUUCUCCGAAAGCACGUAGGAAGAUUCAUGCGAAUCGAUACUUUACUGGUGCGUUUGUACCGGAUAAAGAAAAAUAUCAGGGUAAUUGGAUUUUGUCAAGCAUAUUAGGUCAAUCUAGAGAAGUCAUUACGGCAAAGAUAGACGAGGAAGACGAGCUGUUUCCAGACAUGGAGCCAAACAAACCGCUCAAUCGAAAAAAAUCGAUAUCUUCGCAAAAUCUUACGUAUAUAGGAAAAGAAGAAAAAUCAGCUGAUAAAUCGCCUGUUUAUGGAAACGUACUCGAAGCUAAACCAUCUGAACUAAGAGAAAUGAAUUUUUGGUCACCAACUUCCAUGUGAAGUUUUAUAUUUUAAGUUAGCUAAUAAUUAUUAAUCAUGCUUCUGCCAAAGCAUAUUUAGAUUAUUUAGAUGAAUUUAGUUUAAUUUCACGUUAUUAAUGCACUUAACUGUAAAUUUAGCUCGUCAUACUACUAACUUGACAAUAUUUCGUAUGAGAUUGAUCAUAUAUUUUAACUAAAUUCCUAUAAUAUUGUAAUCUUUGGAAAGUAAUGAUGAAAGUAUUUGUCUAUUCAAAAUAACAAAAUUACAUUAUCAUCGUAUUUGAACAGUACUGUUGCAAUGUUUGAUUUUCUUCUAUUGAACAUAAGACAUAUAAUACUUUCAAAUAAUUUUGCUCUAGAUAUAUAUUAUAUUCAUAUUACAUAAGUAUUAUACUUGCAAAGUUGUGUUAUUCAACAACAUACUUUCGCUCUUAAAAAUACUUUGAGAGUUGAAAAUGCAAUGUCGUCUGUUAAUUAGUUGUCUUAUCUAUUGAUACAUUAUAUUAUUAAUUUCUGGUUCUCCGUGCAUUACAUAUGAAUUGUGUGGCAUAACUGAAAUGCAUCAAAAGUAUACAAUUCUGCAAACCCAAGAGAUGCAUUUAAAUAACAUCCAAUGCCCUGUAAAAUGUGAUACAAUGAAACAAGAUGUUAAGUGAAAUAUAAAAAUUAUACAGUACAACUCUACUAUAAGUUCCACUAUUGUAAAUUUGCACAAAAAAUAUUGUUAGUUAAGAACAAAUUUUUAUCUAAAGCACAGACGAGUUGUAUACGAAUAUACACAGCUUAUGUGAAAUGAUUUAUGCCAAUAAAAAUAUGAAAUAACAUUUUA